AAACCCACAAAAACAGAGACGCCUCCAUUGCUUCUCACGUUCGUCGGCUCCUCAAGCGAGUCCUGCCCUGCUCGCCGCCGUAUGCCAUCGCCUCCCCUGUGAAGCCACCGGCCGGAGACCCUGGCACCCAACAGAUAAGCCGGAGACCUUCCCACCCUAUAGCUACAGAUUGUUAGGUAACAAGUUUCUCUAUCAAUGACGUCCAUUCAAUCAUCAUCAAAGAAGCGAAAGAACAAAGGAUUGGGAGACAACAAUAAGAGGAAGAAGAAGCAUCAAGAUCUUUCUGAUGUCAGAAAACUGGGUGAACAGUUGCUCUCAUCAAGAGCUCACAUUAACAACCUUCCUCUUUUACUUAAUUUCCUCGAUCUGAAGUCCUCCUAUCCUCGUGAAUUCCUCCUUGAAUCUCUUCUUUCUCUCCAAUCCUUCUUCACCCCACUUCUUCCCCAACUCCCUUCUUCUUCAGCUAAACCUACUGAAGAUCCCGAAUCGAUUUACCAGACAUGGGUUCGUUCUAAAUUUGAUGACUUUGUUCAAUGCCUAAUUCAGCUAGCACUUUCUCCAUCACUUGAUGAAGAAGCUCUCAGAGAAGUGGUGAUGGAUACUUUGAUGGAGUGUGUGAAGGUUGGAAAUGCAGGGACCUUUCAUUCUUCUAUAUACCAUAAAUUCAUCCAUAGCCUGGUUUACUCUACAGAGGAGUAUGAUACUUUGUUAAAUUUGCUUGUAACAAAGUAUUUCAAGUACAUUGAUGUCCGCUAUUUUACUUACAUAAGCUUGGAAAAGAUAACUCGAACACUUGAUGUUAAAGAUUGUCAAGACACUGAUCCUGAAAGUGCAAAUACCAAAUUAGAAAGUCCAGCAAGAGCAAGUGGGCAGCUUUUAGUCUGCAAUAUACAUCAUGUGAUAUCUAAGAUACCACCCCUUGAACAACUUGGUGAAAAUUCUGAAUAUGAAAUGUGGAAUGGAUCAGGUGUUUUCUCCAAAGAAGGUAAAACAAAAUCCAAGAAAACCAAGGGAACAGAAGAAAAACAGGGUGAGGUCAAGAAGUCUAGCAAUGAUGUUGCAUCUUCGGCUAAUAUUUCCAAAAAGAUGAAGUUGAAAUUCUCUAAAGCAUGGAUGUCAUUCCUUAGAUUACCACUUCCUAUCGAUGUCUACAAGGAGGUUCUUGUUGCCCUUCAUCAGACAGUGAUCCCUUAUUUGUCUAAUCCCAUUCUGUUAUGUGAUUUUUUGACAAGAUCUUAUGACAUUGGAGGUGUUAUAAGUGUCAUGGCACUUAGCAGCUUGUUUGUUCUGAUGACAGAACAUGGUUUAGAGUAUCCCAAUCUUUAUGUGAAGCUUUAUGCUCUUCUAGAACCUUCUAUUUUCAUAGCAAAACACAGAGCCAAGUUCUUCCAACUUCUUGAUUCAUGUCUGAAAUCGCCACUUCUUCCAGCUUAUCUAGCUGCUUCUUUUGCUAAGAAACUAAGUAGGCUAGCACUUACAGUCCCUCCUUCUGGAGGUCUUGUUAUUAUUGCUCUUAUUCAUAAUCUUUUGAGAAGACAUCCUUCAAUCAACUGUUUAGUCCACCAGGAGGAUGAUGGUGAAACUGAAACUGUCAAAUCAGGCAUUGAUCAUUUCAAUAAUGAGGAAACUGAUCUUCUUAAAACCAAUGCUAUGAGGAGUUCUCUAUGGGAAAUUGACACCUUGCGCCACCACUACUGUCCUCCUGUGUCUAGAUUUGUUUUGUCGCUAGAAAAUGAUUUGACAGUUAGAUCCAAGACAACCGAAGUUGCUAUAAAGGAUUUUAGUUCAGGUUCAUAUGCAACCAUAUUCAAAGAGGAGAUAAGACGGAGGGUUAAACAAGUACCCCUUGCAUUCAACAAGACCACACCUACUUCCUUGUUCUCAGAGACUGAUUUUGCUGGUUGGAUUUUCCAAUCAAGUGAUUGUUAACAAAGACACUCUUGUAAUAGGAAAUUGAUGCUUCCAUUUUCUUUUACUUGUUUUCUUGUCAUUUUUUAUUAUUAUGUAAUACAUGAGUUUUACGUGAUUUAACUUAUCGAUGUGAUGUGUUCAUGUGAUGAGAAACAUUUGACAACAUCAUGUCAAAUAUUAUGUAUGGAUACUGUAAUGUACAGAAAUUCAAGGGAUUUGAAGCCAAGCUCAUCCCGCAAUUUUGUUUU